CUCUCGAUGAAUUUCAAACAUAAUUUUACGGAACUAAUCAUCAUCAAAUAUUUUUGUAAAUUGUUUACGACAUUUUCAACCCAAUUAUAUCAUGGAAAUUAACAAACUUAGUAAUUUUGUUGGUUUUUUUAUUAUUUUUAGCUUAAUGCCUCUCGCUCUAAGUAUAAAAUGUUGGAACUGCAGAUCCAGCACCGAUCCCAAAUGCGCAGAUCCUUUCGAUAAUAGUACAGUACCGAUAACUGAUUGCAAUCAAGAAAAGGGACUUUCGCAUUUGCCGGGAAUGAAACCAAGCAUGUGCCGCAAAAUAAGACAAAAAGUUAAUGGUGAAUGGAGGUACUUCCGUGACUGUGCUUAUUUGGGUGAAGUUGGCAUUCAAGGAGAUGAAAGGUUUUGUCUCAUGAGGACUGGUACAUACAAUAUAUUUGUAGAAUACUGUACUUGUAACAGUAAAGAUGGUUGUAAUUCUUCUUCAGUCAUCAGUCCUUUACCUAUAUUCUUAGUUGUAUUAGUUGCGUUAAGCUCUUUUAAGAUAGGGCUCUAAAAAAAAAAUUGGUUGUUGAAAGUGGUAAAGGGUUAAGGGAAAGUGGGUAAAUAUGUAUUUUUUUGACAAUAAUAAGCAUGUAAAUCACUAGGUGUUUGUUAAAUAACACUUGGCACAAAUUAAACUAAAAAUAAUGUUAAUAAGUUAAAGUGAUGUAUAUAAACUACAAUUUUCAUUGAACAUUAGUUAGCUCUCAAAAUAGUAGAUUGUUAUGGGAAAUAGAUAAAGAUACAAUAUUUCAAGGUAUGUAUGUUAUUGUACAUUGUAUGUACAUUAUACAUAAAUCAGUUCCUUACCUUGAAAUAAUGUACAUUUCAAUUUUAAAGGGGCUUUAGGAAAUACAGGUAAAGCAAUAAUAACAUGCACAUAUUUAAUCUAAUUCUAUACUAAAGCAGUUUAAGGGUAGUUUCAGAAGGGUGUGAGGCUAAAAGAGAUCAAUAUAAUAUGCUUACUACCUAUCACCUAAGUCAAUGCUGUCUAUUUUAUAUUAAUUUUACUUUGUGCACUAAAAUGUAAUUUGAUCGGAGAAUGCAGAUUUUUCCAUACUAAUAGCAAAUACUUAUUGGUAGGCUAUAUUAAUUGUAAACCAGUAUUGUUACGUCCCUAAAUUACUUAUUUUCGUUGUUAAGCAGUUCUAUGUUCCAGUUAAAAAGGAGGGGCAGCCAUUAUUAUUGAGACUUCAUACUCAUAUCAAGUGACUAGUAGCAUUUAUGUUGUGAUAUUUAUAAGCUCUAGUGACCACCUAUCCGAUACGACAGGCCAUGAACUUAUACAACCCUAAACAAUAAUAACCUAAACUGAUAAGAAGCAGAACUAUUGCUUUAAACUAAAUAAUAGGUCGAAAUAGAUGAUAAAAUAAAUUACUUGUAUUUUGUACGCAUGUUACUGAAUGAUAAACAAUUGCCUCGUAAUACAAUUUCAGAAAUCUAAACUGAUGUGUUUGGAUUUUUGUUUUCGCCGGUCGUUUUAAUUUCGCGUUUAUUAUUUUAAUUUUAUUAGAAUAAAAUAAACUAUUAAAUUACAGUAGGAAACUAAGUCAACUUUGUUUGAAAUUUGUUCGCGAAACAUGUUUUUCGAUUUGACAAAAUCGUAAUACUGAAGAAAACAAGUUAAUUACACGUAUGAUUCGUAUAGAAUAGGUAUGAAAAACAAAAUACGCUAACUUGAAUGCAGCAAAUGAUUGGUGCAUCAUUUGCAUUGGAUCAAAUAUCUGAGGUCCUCUCGUCAUAAAGUUGAAAUCCUAAGUCAAAAAAACGACCAGACUUCAAGGGACAUACUAGUUGUGCUUUCUGUAUGCAAAAACGAGGGUUAGGUACGAUAGUUAGCAUAUUAAUCAAGUGCGAACGAAAUUAUUUCAUUUGAAAUCUAAUAGUCACUAGUAAUAACUAAAAUAAUAAACGAGAGAUUAAAAUACUAGUUGUAGUUACGAAAACAAUUAGAUAUUGCUUAUAUCUUAAUACACAAUAACGAUUGGAAAAUCAAGAAAGAAAAACGCUUUUACGCCCAUUAAUAAAAUGAGUUUUCCUGAUUUUUUUUUGAGAAAUCAUUCGUCUUUUUAUGAUGAAGACAAGAGAUAUACAAGACCUUAGCAGCAUUAUAGGUAUUUACCAUUUCUGAACCCGAGCUGGGUUUUAAGACGUUUGUUCUUUGUACAUAAUGAAUGAAUGUAAAACGCACAGGCUAGAUUUUUGUUGUUUUUUGAUGUGAAAAAGUGAUGAGUUUAAGCCGUUGUAAGAGCUUUCAUUUGUAGUAACGGAAAGAUGACACUGCCAUCUCUGGAGCUCUGAAUCAACACUAAAGAUAGUGGUAUCGUCGAAAUAGAAUUCAUAAAUAUUGUUAAAACAUUGACAACCGUAUUGAUUUAAGAUUAAAGACUGAAUGAAAUCCGUCCGUGUAAUUAAUUUUUAUAUAUUUUUAUGAUAAAAUCAAAUGUUAUAAAUCUUUUUAAUGUAAUAAAAUACUUAGAAUUU